AUGGCGUCCAGCAUUCGAGGCAAUCCCACUCACUUCUUGAAACGAUCCUUCUCGACGCCUUCGGUCAUUGCCGUCGACAAAGAAUGCAGCUUUCACCCUGUGGACCAGCAACAGCCGUACGAUGCCAAGCAGCAGCCACCCCAGACCCCUGGGGGGUCCAAUACCGUGACAGCAUCUUCAUCGCCCGCUAUAUCUCGUGGCAGCUCUGUCGACCAGGGACCGCAGCGACAACAUUAUCCUUCUAUACCUGUCGCGCCGUUGCCCAGCAUGGGCACUCCGACAAUUCAGACACCUCAAAGCGAAUUCUUUCCACAAGACAUGGAAGUCUCGUCAAACACCAUAUCAUCUGGGCCAUCAUAUGCCAUUGGGGAUUCGUCUUCGCCAGGAUGGAUGGCUACGGAUACAGAUAGCGACGCAAUGGCGAAACCUCGCGACCCGAACGCGAUUUGGCGACCGUCGUUUCAAGCAAACAUGAGCGGGCAACUUUCCCCCUAUGCGGAUCCAUCAGCUUCCUCGGCCGCUUGGGCGAGCUCGAACUACGGGCCUGCGAACGAAAUGGGAUGGAAUAGUAACAUGCCACCGCCUCCUCGCUCCAUGUCCUUCAGCGGAGAGAUGCUGGGGAGCCAUCAUCACGCACCACAGUACUAUUCUGUGCCCCAGCAAAAUCAAAUCUAUGAGAGACAUUCUCAACAUUUCCCACCCAUGUACAGCGGAGUGCCUGUGGGUGAAACAGAUGAAGGUAUAGAGCAGGCCAUUGACCCUGCAAUAAUGGGAAGUGCUGUUCCCUCGGCAGCACCAAUGGCUUGGCAACAACAACAAUCACAGCAGCAGCCGCAACAGCUCAUACCACAGCAUCAACAGCACCCCAUAACAGAUACGCAAGCGGGUGCCUAUCGUUCAUGGGGAGAGUAUGGUGAAGGUGACAGAUCACAACACAUGUAG